GUCGGGGAAGGCGGCGAUGGGGAGCGCGGAGGGCCUCGUCGAGAUCCGGCCCCGCGAGCUCCAGUUCCUCUUUGAGGUGAGGAAGCAAAGUUCAUGUUCUAUCCAUCUUGUGAACAAGACAGAUGAAUAUGUUGCAUUCAAGGUUAAAACUACUUCUCCAAAAAGAUACUGUGUUCGACCGAACAUUGGAGUUAUUCUUCCAAGGGCAACUUGUGUUUUUACAGUUACUAUGCAAGCACAAAAGACUGCCCCACCAGAUCUGCAAAUUAAAGACAAGUUUCUUGUGCAAACUACGGCUAUUCCUGCUGGUAUAACUGAUGAAGGCACUAUUCCCGCUUUUUUCUCCAAAGAAACCAGAAGAUAUGUUGAAGAGAAUAAGCUGAGAGUUGUCCUUGUCAGUGCAACUCAGCCUGAAGCAGAGCAGCUCAUCAGUGGACUGCCCAAUGUUAAGGCCACCAUUGAGGUUCCUGUGGCGAAAGAGACAUUGAAUAUUGUGAAUGAAGUACCUAAUGUGGUGAACCAAGUCCCUUAUUCCCUGAAAGCAAGCUUUCCCUCUCUAACAGAAUGUCCAGCUAUUUUGAGUGAAAUUCCUUUCCCUGUAAAUGAAAUUCCUACUGUUCAGGGAGAUUUCCCAGUCCCAUUAAAAGAAGCUCCAGCAACUUCAGUAAAAUCUGCUAUCCAUUUGAAAGGAAGUCCUACCGUUUCUGUUGAAACUCAAUUUUCUUCAAUAGAAACAAAUAUGAGCUUAAAAGAAACUCCUGCUGUUCUGAGAGAUUUCCCAGUCCUGUUAAAAGAAGCUCCAACUACUUCAGCAGAAUCUGCUAUUCGUUUGAAAGGAAGUCCUACUGUUUCUGUAGAAACUCAGUUUUCUUCAACAGAAAUGAAUAGGACCUUAAAAAACACUCCUGACCUGAGAGAUUUCCGAGUCCCCUUAAACGAAGCCCCAGCUACUUCUGCAGAAUCUGCUAUCCAUUUGAAAGAAACUCAAUAUUCUUUAACAGAAAUGAGAAGCGAUAUAUUUGUCAACACAGAGAAUCUUCAUUCAUGUCGUGUUGAGGAUGUUCAGAAUAUGAAGUCGGAGCUUAUUAAUCUUGAAGGCAAACUAGAAGAGGCUGAAAAUUUGAUCAUGAAACUGAGGGAAGAGGCCAGAACUACCAUCCAGGAACGUGAUAAGUUGCGGCAUGAAAUGAUCUUCAGAAGGAAGGGCGGUCCACGAAAACAAGCGGGCUUCCCGCCGCUGUUCGUGGCCUACAUAGCGAUUCUUGGGGUGUCUCUGGGUUACCUGUUGCACGUGUGAGCCUGAUUCGUGUGUUGGAGAGAUCGAUGAAAAUCCUACUUGUACUGUAGCUGAGCUUUCUAAAAGAAGCAGAGUUGAAUAAUGGAAGGGUAGGUACUCAGAGAGGAGUCCUUGUCUGAGAUGAUCGCCAUCCAUAGACUUCAGAUGUCCUUCAUUACUCGCUUCCUGCUUGAGCCAGGAAUCACUGGAGUGCAUAGUCAUAGGCCAGCUUAAUUCUUGGAUUGUGUAUAUAGAGAUUGAUAAUUGAUAAAGAUAUAUUCGCCGUGGAGGCUACAGAUGCUA